AUGGCCUAUAACUCAUACGGAGACUUAGUGCCAGCCGUACCAUAUGGACACCCUCCAGGUUUUGGAUCAUUUUCUGCCCAAACUGGUGCUCCAACAGGAAUGGGCCCUCCGCCAGGAAUAGGCAUGUCGGCGCCUGGUACGGCUCCACCACUUGGAGCUCAACAUGUCAACAUUGCUCCAUCAAAUAGGCCAAAUGGCUUACCUGCUAGCUUUCAGGGUCCCACUAACAUGCCUAACAUCAACUUUUCUGCACCUGUUAUACGACUGGGCACCGGACCAAUGAAACAAAAUACUCAACUAAGUGGGGCUGGAGGACAAAGUCAAGAAUCUAAGUCUGCGGGGAUCAGAGCCGGGCUUGGAAUCGAUCGAGGAGUUGAAGCACAGCGCCAGGCCUUAAUGUCUCUUAUACCACCGACUAAAGAGGAAAUAGUUCGCACAAUAUUCAUAGGAGGUAUAACAGAAGGGGUAGGGGAUGAAGGAAUUGAACGCAUCUUAAGUAUGGUGGGCCGGUUGAGAAGAUGGGACAGAGCGACCGAAGCUGAUGGAAAGCCAUGCUCUUUUGGAUUUGCUCAGUAUGACGACCCGGAGAGUUUAUCUACAGCUGUCAAUAUCUUGAAAGACGUUGAGAUACCUCUCAAGAAGCAAUCGGCAAAAGAUGGGGCGCAGACAGAAAAAGAUAUGGCAAAGAUAGAAAAGGGGACUCUACUUGUCUUUGUGGAUGAUAACUCGUGGGAGUAUCUCAAAAAUUGGGAGGCUCACGGCCGUGAUGAAGCUGUCGUAAAAGCUAGGCUAGACUCUGCCAGGGUCGCCCUGAAAGUUGCCAUUCAUGAGCUUUUUAAUCCCCCCCAGUUCGUAAAAUCAGAUGAAAUUGGAGACCCUCACACAAUUCAGGAGUCAGAUCAUACAGAUAAUGUCGAAGUGGUAAAUAUUCCUCUGGCAAUGGAUGAUGAACUAGCCGAUAUUCCAGUGGAAAUGCGGGAGACGGUAGCUCAAGAAAUCGCCGCAUUCAGGGAUAGAAGCAAUAGAAGAGAUAUGGAAAGAUUAAAGCGAGAAGAAGAUUCUGAAGCUUUGGAGAGACAGCGUAAUGGAGCCUCACGUACAUCAAGGCUUUCUUCGCCAGGCCCUAAAGUCCCAAAUGGUCCUGCCGCUGGAACAAAUAAUAUCCCUCUAGGCCCUCGAGGUAUCCCAAAAGCGCCAUCGGGACCCAAAAUUUCCUCUCAAGCUCCCCGAGACUAUCAAAGAAAUAUACCUUUCGUUAACGUUAGCGGUGUUAAUGGAGCUAUAUCUGGAGGUGUAUGGGUAGACCGUGAAGACGAGGAUGACCCUGCUAGCGAUGAAGAGCUUGAACGCCGACGGAAAGCGAAGAGAGAAUCUGAAUUAGAAAAACAUUUCUUGGAUCAGGAGCGACGCUGGCUAAAUCGCGAACGAUCAAGAACUGCUGCAGUUCAAAGAGAGAAAGAGCGUGAAGAGGAAGAUGAAUUGAAAGAGAAAUCUGAAAGAGAAAAAUUAAGUCAGCGGCUCCGAGAGUGGAACGACGAUGUCGAAUCUACCCGAAAGAUAGAAGGUUACUAUGCCGAUCGUAGUAUCUGGAUCCGCAACCGAGCAGCAUUUCGUGCGAGAGAGGCAGCAGCUGACGAGCGUGAUCGACUCAAUGAACAUCAAGAGUCUGAACAAGAAUUGGCCGAUAAAGAGCAAGCUCAUAGUACAAAUAGAUCGCCAGCCCAACGUGUACCUGAAGACCUAAAGUCAAGGCCAGAAUUGGGCAAGAUUCAACAGCCAUUCAAGUUAUCACUGGGUGCUGCUGCUCAAAAGAUCCUGAAGGAAAAGGCAGCUCCACCCCGACGCACUGUAGCCGAAGUUGAAGGGCUAUUGGAAGAUGAGGAGGAUGUUGAUAAGGUCUCUAAGCGUAUCCUUGUUCCAAUUAAAUUUGACCCAGCUCUAAACUCCUCGUCUAAUCUGACGGACGAAGAAAGAGAUCAGGCAAUUCGACAGCUAGCUUCUCGAAUACCCACCGAAAAAGAAGGACUAUGGAAUUGGGAAAUAAAAUGGAAUUUAGUGGACGAUUCUGUAAUCGUUGAGAAAUUAAGACCGUUCAUCGAAAAGAAGAUUGUUGAAUACCUUGGUGUGCAAGAGCAAUUGCUCGUAGAAGUUGUAGAAGGGCAUAUUCGAGAAAGAGGAAAGCCUCAGGACUUGGUUGAACAACUUGAAGGUGCAUUAGAUGAUGAAGCUGAGGUCUUGGUUAAAAAACUCUGGCGGAUGGUUGUCUUUUACUCCGAGAGUGAAGCUAAAGGUUUAACGGCUUGA